CCCAAGGGCUUUCACAAGACCACUGUUCCGAGUGGUCCACAACACAUAUCAGGGAAAAAAAAAAAAUUUAAAAAAAAGGAAAAGAAAAAAAAAACGAAAAGAGUUUCGUACAGUAAUCGUGUGGCUAGGGAUGGCGCCUGGAUUCGACAGCGCUCAUGAGAGGAAGAAGAAGCUCGCAGUUUUGAGCGUGUCUUCCGUCCUCCUGGUGGCGAUGGUUGCCGCGGUGGCCGUCGGCAUAAAUGACGACGUCCAUGGGCAACACGGGGAAGGAGGCGACGCCGGCAUCGCGAAAUCUCAGAGGAGCGUCCACAUGUUAUGUCAAUCGGCCGAAUACAAAGAAACCUGCCAGAAGAGUCUAGCCAAUGCCUCCCACGAUAACACUGACCUGAAGCAACUUAUCAUCGCCGCCUUCAACGCCACCUCCCAGGAGAUUCACGAGAAAAUCCAAAACUCAACGCUGUACCACGAGUUGGCCACCGACAACAUGACCAAACAGGCCAUGGACAUUUGCAAGGAAGUACUAGGUUACGCUGUGGAUGAUAUAAACGAAUCCGCUGCGACGUUGGAGAAGUUUGAGCUCAGCAAGAUGAACGAUUACGCCUAUGACCUCAAGGUUUGGAUCGCGGGUACCCUUGCCCACCAGCAGACAUGCUUGGACGGGUUCGAGAACACGACCACCGAGGCUGGGAAGACAAUGGCUAAGGUUCUGAACACGUCGUUGGAGAUGAGCAGAAACGCGUUGGACAUAGUGAACGGUGUGUCGUCUCUCUUCAAGGGUCUCAACUUCACCGCCUUCAGCUCCAGCACCACCAGCCCCAGCCACAACCCCAACCCCAACCCCAACCCCAACCCCAGCCCCAGCCACAGGAAGAUUCUCUCGGAAGAAGAGACUUUGGUUGAUGGGUUCCCUUCGUGGGUGAGUGAAGGGCAGAGGAAGAUUCUGGAAUCUGCUGAGCUCAAACCGAACGUGGUGGUGGCUCAGGAUGGGAGUGGACAGGUCACAACAAUCCACGAGGCUCUCAAACUGGUGCCUAAGAAGAACAAGGUGCCUUUUGUCAUUCACAUCAAGGCCGGUGUAUACAGGGAGCAUGUCAACCUGAACAAGCACAUGGGCUUUGUCAUCAUGAUCGGCGAUGGCCCCACCCUCACCAGAAUCACCGGCAGCAAAAACUACGUCGAUGGCAUCCAAACCUACAACACCGCAACCGUCGGUGUCAACGCUGCAAACUUCAUGGCGAAGAACAUUGGGUUCGAGAACACCGCAGGAGCGGAGAAGCACCAAGCUGUGGCACUGAGGGUAACAGCCGACAAGGCAGUGUUCUACAACUGUCACAUGGACGGGUACCAAGACACCCUGUACACCCAGUCUCAGCGGCAGUUCUACCGCGACUGCACCGUGACCGGCACAAUCGACUUUGUCUUCGGCGACGCCAUCGCCGUGUUCCAGAACUGCAAGUUCAUCGUGAGGAAGCCCUUGGAGGACCAGCAGUGCAUGGUGACCGCCGGCGGAAGGACGAAGGUGGACAGCCCCAGCGCCCUGGUGUUCCAGAGCUGCAUCUUCACCGGCGAGGCUGAGCUGAAGGGCUUGACCCCCAAGAUCGCGUACCUCGGGAGGCCCUGGAGGGUAUUCUCGAAGGUGGUGAUAAUGGACUCAGAAAUCGAUGACAUCUUCUCCCCCGAAGGGUACAUGCCCUGGAUGGGAAGCGCCUUCAGAGAUACCUGCACCUACUACGAAUACAACAACAGGGGUCCUGGUGCAGACACCACCGGAAGAAUCACGUGGCCAGGGUUUAAGGUGAUUACCCCUGUUGAGGCUGAUGAUUACUACCCUGGGAAGUUCUUUGAGCUGGCUAACGUCACUGAACGUGACGGUUGGAUCCUUGACUCUGGGGUACCCUAUUCCCUUGGUCCUCUUCCACCACCCACCAACCAGCCCGCAGUUUAAUUCAUUUAUCACAUUUUUUUUAAUCUAAUAGACUAUAUAUGUGUACAUCCCUGCAUGCGGUGCAUGCUCGCUUCACCAUGUUUUGUCUGCAAACGCAGUGUUUAAGGAAUCCUAUU